AUGGAUCGAUUGUCGAAACGCAAGUCUACAACAACUGUUACUAGUACUAAACGACAAUCGUCGGCAUCCAAAAGCAAUGGUUCAAAAAAGCACGCAUCUCCAUCUCCACCUGUGAAGAAAUCCAAGCACCACUCAAAGAAGAGUCGAGGCAAGGAAAUGAGUAGCCCUGGAAGUGGAGGAGAUAAUGAAGGCAAUGCGACACAUUAUGCUGAAGAUGACCAAGAAGAGUGUUCGGCUCGCUCAUGCAUAAAACCCGCCGGCACAGCUAUCGAUUGGAUUCAGUGUGACAAGUGUUCUAAGUGGUACCACCAGGUAUGUCUCGGUUUAACCCCGGAGGAGGCUGACGUGGAGGUCUACUACUGCCCGGCAUGUAACAAAAAGCGCUGA